AUGGAAUCGAAAAACCCUGCGAGAUUUACGCUGGGGAAGCAGUCGUCGCUUGCCCCAGAACGCCAUAAUGAAGGAGAAGAGCCUCAAAACGAUGGAGAUGCUGUUGAUCAAGGUGUGAGGUUAAUGUAUUCGGCCUUCGAAGGCGAUGUGGACGGUAUUCGUGAGGUGUUGGAGGCUGGUGUGAGUGUGAAUUACAGGGAUAUUGAUGAUCGCACUGCUCUUCAUGUCGCAUCGUGUGAGGGCUUCACUGAUGCCGUUGAUUUGUUGCUCCAAAAGGGUGCUGAAGUUGACGCUAAAGAUCGAUGGGGGAGCACGGAUGGAUUCACUCUGAGCAAUCCACUUGCAGAUGCUAUUUUUUAUAAAAAAAAUGACGUGAUCAAACUAUUGGAGAAGCAUGGAGCAAAGCCUCUGAUGGCCCCUAUGCAUGUUAAUCAUGCACGUGAAGUCCCAGAGUAUGAAAUCAAUUCUAAAGAGCUCGAUUUUACCAACAGUGUGGAGAUAACUAAGGGGACUUUCUGUAGUGCAUUGUGGCGUGGAACAGAGGUUGCAGUAAAAAAGCUUGGGGAGGAGGUAAUUAAUGACGAGGAGAAAGUGAAGGCUUUCAGAGAUGAGCUUGCUCUGUUCCAGAAGAUCCGGCAUCCAAAUGUCAUUCAAUUUCUGGGUGCCGUGACUCAGAGCAGUCCAAUGAUGAUCGUGACAGAAUAUCUUCCCAAGGGAGAUCUUCGUGAUUUCUUGAAAAGAAAAGGAGCUUUAAAACCAUCAACAGCUGUGAGAUUUGCACUUGAUAUUGCUAGGGGAGUGGGUUAUUUGCAUGAAAAUAAACCAUCACCCAUUAUUCACCGUGAUCUUGAACCUUCUAAUAUAUUGCGGGAUGAUUCUGGGCACCUAAAAGUUGCAGACUUUGGGGUUAGCAAGUUGCUGGCAGUUAAAGAAGACAGGCCUCUAACUUGCCAAGAAACUUCCUGCCGCUAUGUGGCUCCCGAAGUUUUCAAACAAGAAGAAUAUGGCACUAAAGUGGAUGUAUUUUCAUUUGCACUAAUUCUACAAGAGAUGAUUGAAGGCUGCCCUCCUUUUUCUGCAAAGAAAGAAGACGAAGUUCCUAAGGUAUAUGCUGCCAAAGAGCGUCCACCUUUUCGAGCUCCAGCCAAGCGUUACUCCCAUGGAAUUAGAGAAUUAAUUGAGGAGUGCUGGAAUGAGAAUCCUGCUAAGAGACCAGCAUUUAGGCAAAUAAUAACAAGGCUGGAGUCCAUCUACAGCAUAAUUGGUCAAAAAAGACGUUGGAAGGUUAAGCCAUUGAAAUGCUUCCAAAAUCUGGAAGCCUUGUUGAAGAGAGAUCAUGCAGAUGGAAGUAGUCGCGGUUCAUCUCGCUCCACAUCCAGCAGAAUAUGA